AUGGACAACGACAAAAGCAAGACCAAUGAAGAGAAGACCUCAGCAACACAACUAGGAGGAGAUCCUCCGCACUCUCUAAUUGCACUACAUCAGAUAAAGAAGAAAACACGAAAGGAAAUAGAUACAGCGUUUACGUGUGAUCUUGAUAGUGAUCAAAACAUAGAAUUCCAUGAUAACGAAACAAACGAAAAACAUACUAACACAAACUACGCCACACAAAAUCCAACUAAGCUAAUCUCACCUCCCACGCGUAUCCCAAUCUACAUACACAGAAAUAUCAAUCACACAAAACUUCUUGAUGCCCUGAAAAUGAAAUACAAUAAUAACUUUCAAGCUAAAUUCAUCUGUAGCAAACUUAAAAUGUCCGCAGAAAAAUGCUUUUACGACAAAUUUAGAGAAAAUCUUUACAGUGGUCCUAAAAGGGUUCUUCCUGGAGCAAGAAUAUGCGAGAAUCUAAAAAACCAAGGCCUAAAUCCUAUACUUUGCUCAGAAUUCCCUACACAUACCAGACACCUAAUUUACAAAUUAACAUUCGCCCUAAUUACCACACUGACACAACUAAAUCACGUCAGAUAUUACGAAAACAUUAAACUUCACUGGGAAAAAUACGAGGCUUAA